AUAAUCUAGUGGACGGAACGCUUCUUUCAACAGCAGCAACAGUUAGUCAGACACCUCCGUAGCUUGAUAGACAAAAUAGACGAACCAAUAAACCGCUUUAGGCGCUUUCGUGUUUAUUAGCCACUGUAUUUUAAACUGACUACUGUCGUCUAGUUAGUUAUCCGAUUUAAUUUCAUAUUUACGGUGUUGUUAUUAGUCAGCUAGCGGGCUGGUUAAGUUAGCAUUAGCCUAGCUAGCUAACAUCUCUGACCAUGAGUUCACUAAGCUGCUCUCCUCCUGAUAAAGAAGAGGUGGUCUGCUGGACGGAGAAAGAAGCUCUGGUGAAAGAGGAGGAGGAAGUUACAAUACAAAAACAAGUAGAGGGUGAGGCUGUUACGGUGAAAGAAGAAGAGAAAGACGUCUCAGUUAAAGAAGAGGAAGAUACGUUCAGAGUGAAAGAGGAGGAGGAUGUUACAGUAAAAGAAGAGGAGGAAGAGAAAGAGGAGGAUGCGGUUUUUGGAGUGAAAGAGGAGGAGGAAGAGGUGACUGUCACAUCCAAAAAGGAGGAGGAAGAAGACGAGGAAACUGGAUAUCUGUGCCCGGUUUCCCAAAAGCAUAUUCAGGCGUCCAAUGGUUCUAACAAUGCAUUUAGCCAUAAGAUGGUUUUGAGAAACCGGGCCCUGAUUAACACUAGAGAGAGACGGGACGAUCGUGGAUCCUCUGGGGAGCCUCAACAACCUCAUGAUUCUGAGGAGACAGAGAAGAGUCUCUCCAGAUCAGAACACCUCAAUAAACACCCGCGGAGACCCACAGGGAAGAGAACUCACUGCUGCUCUGACUGUGGGAAGAGAUUCACAUCAUCAGGCAUUACAAUUCAUCAGAGAACACACACAGGAGAGAAAGCUUAUAGCUGUGGUCAAUGUUGGAGGAGUUUUACAACAUUAAUCUCUCUGAAAGUACACCAGAGAACACACACAAGAGAGAAACGUUAUAGCUGUGAUCAUUGUGGGCAGAGUUUUGUUUAUGCUUGCCAUCUGACUCAACACCAGAGAAUACACACAGGAGAGAAAUCUUAUAGCUGUGAUCAAUGUGGGAAGAGAUUUACUUCAUUUGGCAAUCUGACUCAACACCAGAGAACACACACAGGAGAGAAACCUUAUAGCUGUGGUCAAUGUGGGAGGAGAUUUGCUCAAUCUAGCCACCUGACUCAACACCAGAGAACACACACAGGAGAGAAACCUUAUAGCUGUGAUCAGUGUGGGAAGAGAUUUACUUCAUCUGGAGAUCUGACAGUGCACAAGAGAAUACACACAGGAGAGAAACCUCAUAGCUGUGAUCAAUGUGGGAAGAGUUUUAGUCGAUCUGGAGAUCUGACAGCGCACAAGAGAAUACACACAGGAGAGAAACCUCAUAGCUGUGAUCAAUGUGGGAGGGGUUUUACCACAUCUACCGGUCUGACAGUACACCAGAGAACACACACAGGAGAUAAACCUUAUAGCUGUGGUCAAUGUGGGAGGGGUUUUACCACAUCUACAGGUCUGACAGUACACCAGAGAACACACACAGGAGAGAAACCUUAUAGCUGUGAUCAAUGUGGGAGGAGUUUUGUUCAAGCUCGCCAUCUGACUCAACACCAGAAAACACACACAGGAGAGAAACCUUUUAGCUGUGAUCAAUGUGACAAGAGAUACUCUGAUAAAAGAUCUCUGAUCAAACAUCAGAAAAUACAUACAUGAAGAAGUUGUUUCAUGAUAUCACUGAAAUAAUGUCACAAUGUAAAAUGUUUUAACAUUGUAGUAGGAGUAUUUUAAUGAUGUCACAAUGUAGAAUGUUUUAACAUUGUAGUAGGAGUAUUUU